GGGUCUCUGUAGGAGGGAGCCAGGCAGGGACUUACUGUUUGGUCACUCCAGAGAGGAAGUUACCAGGGACACAAAGAGAAGAGCUCUCCCCAGGAAGCAGAGAGGAGACUGACAAGUGACAGAAUAUCCAGACCUUAGAUGAUUUCUUGAAGACCCAGCUGGAUCAUCAUGGACCUGGAUAGCUUAAUGAACGUGGAGCUGAGCCUGACCAUCAUCCUGCUGGUGCCGCUGGUGGUGGUUGUCACGGCAGGUGUGUUCUACUUGUACUCUGUCGUGCUGCGGCUCGUCUCCAAGGUUACCGUACGCAACAAGGUGGUGGUCAUCACAGACGCUCUGUCCGCUCUCGGGAGAGAAUGUGCCAAGAUUUUCCACCAGGGCGGCGCUAGACUGAUCCUGUGUGGGAAGAGCUGGGAGAGGCUGGACCUUCUGGCUGAGGAGCUGGCCAGUGCUUCCGACCCGAGUCUGACCUUCCCCCCUAAGGUGGUGCAGCUGGACUUCGGAGAUAUGGAGUGCCUGCCGGAGGUGAUCACGGAGGUGCUGGACUGCUAUGGCUGUCUGGAUGUGCUCAUCCUCAACAACAGUCUGAAGGUGCGAGGCCCCGUCCAGAACCUGUCCCUGCAGAUGGACAAGGCUGUCAUGGACAACAACUACUUCGGACCUGUGACACUGGCCAAAGGCCUGCUCCCCUCCAUGAUCUCCAGGAGGACAGGUCACCUGCUGCUGGUGAACAGCAUCCAGGGCAAGCUGGCCAUGCCCUUCAGGACCACCUACGCGGCCUCCAAGCAUGCGGUGCAGGCCUUCUUUGACUGCCUGAGAGCCGAGGUCCAGGAGUACGGCAUCCUGGUCAGCACUCUGAGCACCACCUUCAUCAGCUCCCCUACACCACCCUCAGAGGAGGACAACCCCACACCCUCCGUCUGGUCAGUGUUCUCCAGGAAGGAGGUCUUCGGCGUGACGGCCGAGGAGGCGGCGGCUGAGCUGGUGAAGACGCUGAGCAGCAGGAAGCAGGAAGUGAUCAUGGCGCGCUCGCUGCCCAAGGCCGCCAUCUACGCACGCUCCUUCUUCCCCAACGUGUUCUUCGCCGUGAUGGCGGCCGGCGUGAGGAACGCUGCCGCCGUAGAGGAACUGGAGCAGUAGAGACUGAGGGAAUGGAGAAGAUGGAGGGAGAGGCGACCGGAUGGAGAGACAGAGAGAUGGAGGGAGAGGUGCUAGGGUGGAGAGACAGAGAGAUGGAGGGAGAGGUGCUAGGGUGGAGAGACAGAGAGAUGGAGGGAGAGGUGCUAGGGUGGAGAGACAGAGAGAUGGAGGGAGAGGUGCUAGGGUGGAGAGACAGAGAGAUGGAAGGAGAGGCGACCGGAUGGAGAGACAGAGAGAUGGAAAGAUGGAGGGAGAUGUGACAGGAUGGAGAGACAGAGAGAUGGAGAGAUGACGAGAUGCCCUAACCCUAAUAAAAACAGGAAAUAUUGUUACUUUCAUUCACUCAUUAAUGAAACACAGACGAAGCUUGGUUGAAUGAGCUCAAAUGAGAAGUAGGACAGCAUUGAAAUGUUGUAACCACUCAACCGCAAAAUAAACGAUGUUUAGAUGUAUUA